AUGCUCUGUGGUGGUGCAUUGCGGAUUCCUCUUCUUGUGCUUGCAUCGUGCGUCUCGCUCGGUAGAGCGGCAACGCUCUUUACAGGUGGAACAGUAAUAGGCUGGGACCAUUCUGCCAACUACCUCGAUGUUAUCCGAAAUGGAUCAGUGUUGGUCGAGAAUGACACUAUAACGGCUGUUUUUUCUGGAUCAUACAAUGGUACUCUGCCUGACGAACUGGACGUCGUCGAUGCUACCAACGACAUCAUCUCCACAGGGUUCAUCGAUACCCAUCGGCAUAGCUGGCAAACAGCCUUUAAGACUUUGGGGUCCAACGUCACUCUGAUGCGAUACUUCGAACGCUACGGUACCGACUCGCCUGCCAACACGCAGUUUACGCGUGAGGAUGUGUACAUUGGCCAGCUCGUUGGUCUGUACGAAGCCCUCAACGGCGGUGUUACCACCAUCUUGGACUUCCCGCACUGCACAUGGUCCGCAGAGCACGCUAUGGCAGCGCUAAAUGCGACCCUUGAAAGCGGUGUUAGGACUGAAUGGGCGUACUACUUCCAAGACUAUGCAAACUUUACAGUCGACAGGCAGAUUGAGCUCUUCCGGGAUCUAGUCAAUGAUGCGCGCUUUGACAGCUCGCCUACCAAUCUGGGUAUCUCAUACGAUGGCUUCUCCAGCUCCGACAGGAACCAAACGCGCACCAUCCUGGACUUAGCAAUUGAGAAGAACGUAUCCGUAGUUACCACCCACGCGAACGGCGGCGUCUAUGGUGCUCCAAACUUCCCCGAAGUCUUGGACGAAUUCGACUUCCUCAACCAAUCUAUUCCCAUCGUCUUCGCACAUGCCAGCUAUCACAGCGCAACAGACGCGCAACUGCUGCGUCAGUACAACCACUACAUCUCUACGACUCCGGAGUCGGAGAUGCACUACGGUCACCUGCAUCCGAACAGCCAUCUGAUCUUGGAUCAGGAGGCUUUAGGCAUUGACACGCAUUUUACAUUCUCGUCGGAUAUAUUGACGCAGGCACGGUUGUGGCUCCAGAGUGUCAGGAAGAUUUUCUACCGCGAAGUCGUGGAUCGACGCCAUCUUCCCGCUGAGAACCCCAUGUCUGUCAACCAGGCUUUCCUUCUAGCGACUCGCGGUGGAGCGCUCGCAUUGCGACGGUCAGAUGUUGGUAUUCUAGCCACAGGAGCCAAAGCAGACCUAUUAGUAUGGAACGGCCGCGCUCCUAGUGUACUUGGCUGGACCGAUCCAGUCGCUGCUAUCAUGUUACACGCAAAUGUAGGAGACAUCAAGCAUGUCAUGAUCGAUGGAAAGUUCAAAAAGCGAGACGGGCAGCUUACCGUACCUGGGUACACGGCCCUGCAAGACCGCUUCUUAGAGAGUGCGAAGAGGAUACAAGAUAUCUGGAGGCAAAUGCCGUUGCCAGUCACAGAGGGAAAAGCAGAGAAUGGAGUGCAGUAUGAGAAGCCUAUGUUGGCAGAUAUUGAGAGAAGUGACGGCACUGGGUACGGACCUCUGUACAUCUAA